GAAUCACUUCCAGCUGGAUUUUCGGCUCGUAUCGUCGUUCGUUUCACAAACACGUACGUAUCAUCGGGACUCGUCGAAUACGAUUUUUAUUACGUAAAUAUACGUAAAUAUCGUGCGAAAGCGAUUCAAUUCGUUUUUUCCCUCUGUUAUUUUUGCAGAAGUUUCGUUCAAUUUUGUUUAUCAUUUUUUUUUUUUUUUUUUUUUUCAUUUACAUACAUACCUAUUUUUUUAAAAAUUAUUCAAUUAUUUCGGAUUCCUGAAUGAAUUUGUGCUGUUCGGAGAACAAUGAUUUUACUUCUUACUUCUUUUUUUUCGUCAAAAUAGGUGUAAUUUUAAGUUUGGUGCGCGAGCUAAUUACCAUAAGAGUAUAAUAUUAAUUAAUUCGGAUAUCUUAUCGAAUCGGUUUUUGUGCCAUUUGCGGUAUUUUAAUCGGUGAUUUUGUUCGUAUAGUUUGAAAAUUUUUAUCGUUCGAUGGUAUUUGCCUGAUUUUCGAAAAGUUUUGGUUCAAUUUUUUGCGUUAUGAUCGUGAACUUCUACUGUGUCUCGGAGGCGGAAUGUCCUCCACUUUGACGAUUACAUAACAGGUUCGGGAUUCACGUUGAAAAUAUCUCGCCCAGAGCAGAGUAUCCGUCAGUCAGCAUGUAAAAUCGAUUGCUGCUGCAUUCGACGUGCUGGAAGAGUAGUCGCUACGAUGGGCAAAUUAUUGAUGGUGAAACUUUGCAUGUUAUGGUGUUUUUUCAUCAAUGCAGGAAUCACCGUCGAAUUAAAUCAAACUAACGACGAUUCCACGCCCAGUGAACCCGAAGCUUUACCGUUGGCCAACAGCGAGCAGAAUCUCAUUUGGACGUUUAACGAAUCGGCCGAUGUAUCGAAAUAUGAAAAUUUCGAUCAUUCUAAAUUUAUUGAAACCGAGCUAAAAAUUCACCAACCGAUUCUAGUACCGCCGACGAUAACCACCAAGAAACAGACUACCUCGGGUUCGAAUCGUAACCGGAUACAGCAGAAUACACCUAAGAAAAAAACCACGGGUUCGACUAACCAAGACGUGAAUCCUUUUCCAGUAUUUGAAAAUAAUAUGGUUACCAAUGUAACGACGCAAGAAGGAAGUAUAGCUUUGUUACCAUGCCAUGUACGCAACCUCGGAGACCGACCGGUUACGUGGAUACGGCUACGAGAUUGGCAUAUCAUAACAUCGGGCGUAUUAACAUACAGUACUGACGACAGGUAUCAAGUAGUCCACAACGAAGAUUCGGACAAUUGGGACUUGCAAAUUAAAUACGCUACGAAGCGAGAUAACGGUACUUACGAAUGCCAGGUAUCGCAUUCGCAAGGAAAAAUUUCACAAAUGUAUAAUCUGUUCGUGCUCGUUCCAAAGGCCUAUAUAUUGGGCAGCGACGAAUAUCACGUCGGAGUCGGAAGCACCAUUAAUUUAGUUUGUAUAAUCGAAAACAGUCCGAUACCGCCGCAAUAUGUCCUUUGGUACCACAACGAUAAAAUGAUGAAUUAUGAAACAACCCGAGGCGGUGUAACCGUUACCACAGAACCUGGACUCAAAACUCAUAGCCGUUUGAUUAUAAAUAACGCUACGCCUAAAGACUCCGGCAAUUACUCUUGUCGUUCAUCGAAUGCCGAACCGGAUACCACUUAUGUAUUUGUUUCGCAAGAAGGUGAUAACACCGCAGCCAUUCAAAGGCCAGACUCGUCCGCAGCCGUCUUACUCACCCUACCAUUUUACCUGAUCGCCGGAAUCGUAUCACUGCUAAAAAUCAUCUUCUGAGCGAAUCCAGGUAACGCGUAAACCUUCUCUUCUCAUCGCCAAUUUCAUCGGACAACUAGACGCCUAUGAUCGGCUCAAUCUCUCGAGAUACGUUAAAGUUUAUUUAGGUAUUCAUACGAUAGAUGAAUUAAUUUUUCAAUUUUUUUUUUGGACCAUCGAAAACACUUCGUCUAAGUACUUAAUAUCGUGUCUAAAAACGACGUCUUUGUUCUAUUCAUUUUUAUAAUAUUUUUCACCAUCGCAUGGCGACUUGUUCGGUUCAUCGCUCGUGAAAACAUUCUCGAAUAUAACAAACUAUAUACGUACACGAGCCAAUAAUAAUUGUUGCUUUGUUGUUAUCUCAUGUGGCACAAUAUUUCACUCUAAAUUGCCUCAUCUCGCCUCUCUACGAGAUUUUCUUAUAUUCUACAGAGACGCGCACACACAUCGGCCUAAUCUUAAUACGAAACGAAAGCGAAUCACUUUCAACAGGUUCUUUUAUCCUUCUGUGUUUAAUUUACCAUAGAUUCGUUCGGAGCUGAAAAACGAGUACAUAAUAAGAUUGUUGGCAUGUGGAAUGGGUACGAGGUAUAGUUCUCGCUGCGUAUCAUUUGCGUAGAUUAAAAACUUUUUACCGAACGAGAAUGGGAAUUUAGAGACGGUCUUUUGCGAUGUACCUAAUAUCUUUCGUACAUACGAAGACGUAACAUGGCAACCCUCUUCCCUUUGGGAUUAGAUUUUCGCUUCGUGUGAGAGAGAUUGUGAGAUAAUUUAUAGAAUUGCGCGGUAUUUUGGUGACAAUGUUUUUUUUUCGGUUUCGUUCUUAACUCGGUAUAAAUAAAAGUCUUGUUUACAAUUUUAUCUUUCAAGCGAUGAGAUGAGAUUAGUUGGUUUGUUGUUUUGUUCAGAUGGUAUCGUACUUGAUAACGGGGGUUUUCGCGUGAACUCUGAUGUUGGAUAAAUGACUCGAAUUUUGAGUUUAAAAAAUUUACUAUAUGAUGAAAUUCGUGCUUACAUGUAGUUGCACGUGGAAAUCAAAUUAUACAGUUUUCAAUUUUCGUUUACAAAAGGUUUAGUGGCCGCGUGAUUGAUUUUUUCGGUGUUGGGAGAAUUUCUAAACAUUGAAAAAUUAAUUGCAUUUUUAAUAUUUCCAUUGAAAAUCUGAUCUCCGAUUCAUUAUUCAUUUUUUUAAAUGAUUGAGUUUUGUUUUGGAUUCUAAAACUGAAAAAUUUUAGUGUGCUGGAAUUUUGUCGACCACUAUUUUCUGACGAUUCAUCAACCUUUCAAAAAGUUUAUACUUUCAAAUUUGUGAAUGAAUUUAAUCGAAAAUUUAAAAAAAAAACAAAAGAAAUAUUUAUUAAUUAGGAGCUCUUUCCAAAUUUCGAUAAAAUUUUUCCAAAAAUAGAACAUAUAAAAUGAUUGAUUUUUUAACCAAAAAUCAAAACCUUUGAAUUCAUCCGAGGUACCUAUUUUUAUACUCAUACUUUUCAAAAGUUCGCAUCAAGCAUCAAAGUCGACCAUUCCUCCACCUCAUAAAGAAAUAUUGAAGUAGAUUUUUUCUGUAAUUUCAACUCCUCUCAACUCUGCGAAGUAUGCUCGAGUCAAGUCGAGCAAUCUAACUGAUGACUUUUCAAAAAGAUUUUUUCCCAGUAAAAGUGGCUAACUGCAGACACAAAAAUCACACACCUGAUGAAAAAUAUCCCAAAAAAAUUGCAGCCCCCUUAUUUACACUCCACCAUAAAUUAUGGAGUUUUAAAUGCUUGAAACUCAAUAUUUGCUUCACAUGAAUGGACGAGAUUCAAAUUAUUUUUCAAGUUAUUUUUGAAGAAUGGCGGUCGUUUUGAAUCAAUUUGAAUUAGCCUAUUGCCAAAUAAAUGGGAUGCGAUUCGUCAUCGACGAUUUAAAAAUAUUGAAAAUUCAUAUUCAUGAUUCAAAUCUUGUUGUUUAGCCAAUUUUUAACCCAAUGUUGGCAAAUUCAAAUUUUCAAAAAAGAAUCCAACCUUUAAUAAAAUGUGUACCCCACUUGAAAAAUUUAAAAUCUGACGGCAACAUUUUAAAACAUAUUGUUUCAAUCUGAAAAAUUUUCGAAAAAAUUAGUGAUUCGUGAUUCGAAACAUAACUAGUGAUGAUUUGAAUUAUACAUUUUUCAAGUGAUUUUUGAAGGUUGGUGAUUAAAACUGAUUCAAAUUUAUGUGAACCUGUUCACUCCUGAUUUUUCAUCGUUGAAAGGGAAGGGAAAGGAAAGAAGAUAAGCAAAGGGAAGACCCCAAAAAUGUUGAAUAAAAUUCAUAGGUGAAUGUAUGAAAUUUUUUUCGAUUUUUUUAGAAGUGGGUACUUUUUUUACAGAGAGGGUGAAAGUAGGUAUUGAGUUCAACUUUUAAAAAAUAUAUAGAUAAGAAGGUACAAAUAUGGAUUCUCUCUAGCUUUUUGGCUUUAAAGGGUAGAAAAAAUCAUUAAAACUUUUUUUCAAAUAAAUCAUUCGAAAGGCCAAAGACUCUAGUUUAUUGGGUAAUACAUUUUUUUUAAUGUUGAAAACUCACGGAGAAAUUUGAAAUUUAAAAAAGUUGCAAAAAUUGGUACAAAUAUUGACGCGGGUACAAAUAUAGACCCCCUCAAAAAAUGUCUAAAAAUUGCUGAAAAUUCUACAAAAAUAUAUUUAAAGAUGUUUUUCGAUGCUUUGGACUUUGUCUUCUUUGUUGAAACACUUUUCUUGGCAUUCUAUAAAAACCACUGAAUCAAAAUUAGAUGAACAAAAAUUUAGGGGUCCAUAUUUAAUGUCUUUGGGAGAAACACUAAUUAUGUACACACAUACGAAAAUGAUUAUGGUGAAAAAUCUAUCAUAUGUUAUACAUUCAGAUCAAAUUUCGCAAUAAAAUUCCAUUCCCCCUUCCAAAAAAAAAACAAAAAUGAUAAUUUUAUCAUUAAAACAAAGACGAAAAAGCUUUGAAAAAUUUCAUUCGGUCUCUAUCAGAGCUAGAAAUCUGAUUUUAAUAAAAUCAUAAAUUCUCAACGAUAGCUAAGGGCAAAUUUUGAAUUUUGGAACAUUGUAUUUGGGGGAUAGGUGCUGAAAUCAAUCAAUAAAAAUUUGGAAAAAUGAUUUUUUUUAAAUCUGAUCUCGACCAUUUAAAAUUUGAAUUGAUUCGGUCCUAUAUGGCGGGAAGAGGGGAGAGGAAGAUGUGCUUCGAACAUAACAUUUUACACUUAUCACUUUAACUCUUGCUUUUUCACACCACUUGAAAAAAAAUUCAUUUGCCAAUCUGGAAAAUAAUGUUGAGCGGGUUCAGCGCCAGGAGGAGCUGGUUAUGGUCGUUUUUGUCAAAGUAGUCUGCUUAUAAACAAUCAUUUUCUUCUUUUCUAAUCUGUGAAAAAAUGGUGAGGGUUUUGCGCCAGGAGGAAAUGAGAAUAAUUUUUUCAAUCUUUCACUUUUUUCAAUGUCAUGCACCUGUAAAGAAAUGUUGAGCGGGUUCUGCGUUAGAAGAGUAUUCAAAUCAUCCUUUUCACCAAGAUCUUUGUUUUAUGUUGUUGAACAAUAAAAGAAAAACAUUUUUGCUUUUCCAAUCCACGAGUGAAUUUUGAAUGGGUUCUGCGCCAGGAGAAGCUGGUCAUGGCCUUUUUUGUCAAAGUACCCGAUUCGCGCAAAUGGCAAAAUAUUUUGCCAAUGCCACUAGGUGUACUAAUGGCAAAAAAAAGGCAAUAUAAUGGCAAAGCUCCAACCAAUGAGAAGACAGCAUUUUAACUUUGCCAAUGUGGCAAAAGAUUAAAUUUUGCCAAUAAGAUUGCCACUGGUGGCAAUCUCAUUGGUAAAUGUUUUGCCACCGUUUUGCCACUAGUGACAAUUUAAUUGGCAAUUAUUUUGCCUCUGUUUUACCACUGCUGGCAAUCUCAUUGGCAAUUAUUUUGCCAAUGAUUUUGCCACUCAGUGGCAAUCCUAUGGCAAUUGAUGUAGGUACCUGUAAAGAACACAUUUGAAAUUUGAAAAUCGUUUAUUUUAACGGUCAAAGUUGCAGGGAAUGAUGCAAUUAAUGUCUGAAGUCGAAAAUCAAUCUGUACCUAAUUAUAUGUACCUGUAUACAUUCAUUGUAGCAUUAGUACCAUAUGCUUUGUUUUAUCUUGUUGUAAGUAGGUACACGCAUAUUAUGUAAUUUGGUUUUCAAGUGAUUCAGACGUUGUUACAGUAUUGUUUUCAUUAGACUAUCAUUAUGGAAACUGCAUAAUCUAAAGACUUGGCUGGUACAUGGUGAGCAUAAAUACACCCAAGUUAUGAUACCUACCAGAUGAUGUGAUUUCCUCAACGAUCACUGUAACAUAACGUCUGAAUCACUUGCAAUCAAUUCGCAAAAUACAUACGUGCAUAGGUAUAGGAAGUUACAAAUACCCACACCAAGAUAAAACAAAAGUCAUGGAACCUAUCCCAUGAUAGAUGUAUACAGAUGUAUGGUACUUACCGAUUCAUCUUCGACUUCCAGACGACAUUUUCACGCAUCAAUUAUAACCAAAUUUCUGUACAACGUGUUCACUACUUCACCAUCAACUGAAAACUGAACCAAAGUAUGAAGUAACCAACGAGGCAGAGUAGAACAUGCGCUCGACUCUGCCUAAUCUCAUCUUAUCUUCCCCACUUCUGCGAAUAGAUUAUUUUUUGAAAUUUAACGGACAAAGUUUUGUCACUAUUGGCAAAAUAUUGUAAACGUUGGCAAAAUUUUGUCAAAACUAGCAUAAGCAGAGUGUAAUCUGUAUUGUAGCAAGUUUUCAAAAUUGCCAUCACUGGCAUUUUCGUCUGGUUUUCAUUUCAAUUUGAGCUUUACCACUCUUUUGCCAAGAAUGGCAAAAAAAAGUGCCAAUCAAAUUGCCACUGCGCGAAUCGGGUAGUGUGCUUGAAAAUUCAUUUUCUUCUUUUUCGAUCUGUGAAAAAAUGUGUAGCGGGUUUUGCGCCAGGAGGAAUCGAGAAUGAUCUUUUCCAACUUCUUUUUUAAAAUUUCCAACCUGAAAGAAAUGUUAAGCGGGUUCUGCGCCAGGAGAAAAUUCAAAUCAUCCUUUUCACUGAGAUCACUGUUUCAAGACGUUGAAAAAAAUCUUUUUUGCUUUGCCAAUCCACGAAUGAAUUUUUAAAUUGGUUCUGCGACAGGAGAAAUUGAGAAUAGACUUUUCCUUCAAUUUAGUUUUCAUUUUCAAGAUUCUUGAAAUUCAUUUUACAAUCUGUAGUAAAGAAAUGGUCAGUGAUCAUACGUCAAGAAAAACGGAUCAUAUAGUUUUUCCUAUCUAUGUAGUUUGGUUUUCCGAUAUUGGUUUUAAAAAAAUCAUUUUUUUCUCGAGUGAGUUCUGCGCCUGGAGGAUUUCAGACUGAUUUUUCUCAUCCGAAUUGUUUUCUCAGGAUGUGUGAAAAAAAUCAUUUAUUCUUCUUUCCCAACCUGCAUGUAAUGAAGUGUUGAGCGAGUCAAACACCUGGAGAAAAUACAAAUUGUCUCUUUUUCACAAAUUUUCACUGGUUCAUGAUGCUUGAAAUAUCGUAUUUUGCUUCACCAGUCUGUAAGCGAUUUUCAAGCGAGUUCUGCGCCAGGAGGAAUUGAGAACGGUUGUUUCCACCUGUUUUUUUUUCAGGAUUCGUCGAAAAUUAUUUUUUUAUUUUUCCGAUCUGUAAGGAAAAAUUGCAAACUGUCUUUUUUAUAUCCAGUUUGCUCUUUCAUAGCGCUUGCGAAUUUUGUUCCAAGUCUGAAAGUGAAUUUUUCCCUGAAAAUUUUUGAAAGGGCAGUACCUAAUCUAUUUUGAAACGAACUAAUUACGAUGAAAAACAAUGCGUAUAUGAACAAGCUGGAGAGUUUCACACAAAACCACCUUAUAGAUUGAGCCAUAACAAAAUGGCCAUUGGGGGGGGGGGAGAAUAAACACAGAAAGUGAUUCUAUUUCCCCCUUUCCUCUACAUGCAUUUUUGUUCCAAAACAUAGGUAGGUAAUUAUUUCAAAAAAUCACCUCAUCUUACUUCAGAUAAUAUUCAAUAGGUAUCUACGCAUUAAACUUAAAAAUUAUUUUCGUUCCAGUGAUUCCAAAAAUCUUGAAUUUUUAUUUGAAAUUUUCGAAAAAAAUAAAAAAAUUGUCUGCCUUCAAUAACAGAACACCUCGAUCACAUGAGAUCUUUCAACCUCGAUCACAUGAGAUCUUUCAAAUGUAAACAUUAAACUCAAAAACUCACUUCUCACUCAUUCAUAAGCAAUCCUAAUACUCGUACAUCAAUCCACCAUCUCCCUCCUCGAAAAAAAAAAACUCGAAAAACCCAUCUCUCAGUCGUCCCCAUUCGCACACCUAAUAAGCGUAAAAAUAUCAAAAACCAAAACUCUCACGAGACGAUUUAAAAUACUCCUUUCAACAAGAUAUUUAUUUUUUCUAAUAAACAUUUCAACGUCAAUACAUUUCCGAACCGUUAACUUCCCUUUCUCCCUCAUCCCUCAGCCCGAAAAACAAUCUCACAUCGUAGAUACACGACUACAUCACCACGGUCUCAACUUCUUAUGUUUCAUAUUUUCACACACCUCGGUUAAAGCUUCAAUCGUAGAUACUUACCAACAGCAACUUGUCACAUUGCAACGUCAGACAGAGGAGAGAGGAGAGAAAGCGAAAAACAUAUAAGACACAGAAAAUCCCUUUAAAUUUCACCAUCGUCAACGAAUCAACAUACACGUUAUCAUUCUGACUGGUUGUUGCUAUUGGGAGAUUUAGGAUACGAUAACGACGAGGAAAAAGAACGAUGGCAGUGGGAGGGGAGGAUAGCGUACCAACAGUGUGAGAAAAAGCUCAAUAGGUAUCGAGUACAAUAAACCCGACAACGACGACGACGAAAAAAAAUUCCUCGCUAGUUGAAAUACCGUGUCAACUCGUGAAAUUGGCUUUUGUUGCAACAUCGUGCGCAUUAUUUCAAAACAACAACAAAAAAAACACAACAUAUAAAUGUAUAUUUCGUGCGAGUAAAAGUGUAUAUCAAAUAAAACCAUCAUAUAUGGAGAUGUUAACACACGUCGUAGAUAAUAAAAUCAUCACCGCCAAAGUUGAGUAAUGAAAAAGAAAGAAAAAAAAGACACCAACACGUGAAUACAUUACGAGUAAGUAGUUAUUUAUACAAUUUUACACGAAUAUUAAAUGAAAAAAAAAAAUGAAAGAGAGACGUCACCGUAGGCGAAAUUUUCUAGUACUGUGUGGGGUUUAGCGUUACCACGAUCGGAUGAAAAAACCAACAAAAGAAAAAAAAAUUCGAAGCUGCUAUCGUAUUUUUUUCAGUACAAAAAAACCCAAUCAUGGUUUCUUUAUUUUCUCUGGGGCGAUGAAUGAAAAAAAAAUGAAUGUAAUACUUUUAAAAGGACAAUCAUUGGAAAAAAUACAUAAAAAAGAACAUACCAACGAAAAAAGAAAUUAGUAUGCCAUGCGACAAAGCAGCAUUUGCCAUACCAAGUUUCAAUUUUUAUUGUAAUUUUUUUUUCUACAUUACCAAAUUUGAUAGUUAACGAUUGUAAAUUUUUAAGUACUGAAUAUUUCGAGUAAGUAUAAAUGAAAAAAGUACUACAUUUUUCCCAUUGUAAAUACGAUGAAAUUGUUUGUAUGUGAUAAUCGGCUUUCGAUGUAAUUUUUUCCCCGUUUGUAUUAUACAAUCUUGUUUUACGUGUAUUUUUUUUUUUUUGGAACCAUAGAUAGGAAAUUUUUUAAAUCAAUUGUUAUACAAAUCUCAAAUGUACAAAUAUAUAUAUAUUUUUUUUGUUCAA